AUGCCAAAGAUUUGUUUCAAUGGGACAACGACUCAAUAUGGUACGGUGUAUAGUGCUAUAGUGGCGGUAGAGAGUGAGUCUGUUGUGGCUGUUGAUAUUGAAUUUGUGGUAUGUACUAUGGUAUUUGAUUUCUUGUCUAUUUUCAGCACGGUCCAUCCAAUUGUUGCUGAUGUUCGGAAUAGAGGAGAUGCUUCAGUUAAAGAUUACACUGAGAGGUUUGAUAAAGUUAACUUGACAAAAUUGUUGAAAAUGUCUCUGAGCUUCCUGACCCAGAGGGUGUUAAAUGCAAAGGGUGGCAAGGAGCAUUGGUUCUGUUGGUCUUUAUGUACAGGCGGAACUGCUGUUUUACCAUCAACAGCUCUGAUGCUUUCAGUGCCUGCUCAAAUAGCUGGGUGUAAAACUACUGUUCUGGCAACUCCACCAAGUCAGGAUGGAGGUACUGUAUUGUGCCAAGAGGCUGGUGUGACUCACAUCCUUAAAGCUGGUGGAGCACAGGUUGAGAAAAUUUUUGGGCCUGGAAAUCAGUAUGUCACAGCAGCAAAAAUGAUUCUCCAAGCCGAGCAUGGGCCAGAAGUCAAGUUGUUUUCUUGUAAUUGCUGGGGACGGAGGGAUCUAAAAGCUAUUGAAGAGGAAAUCAGUAAGCAGUGUAACAGCCUUCCAAGGGAGAGUUUGCUUCAAAAGCUCUUAGCCACGUUACACAGCAAUCUCCUUUUCAAUUUGUAUGCACCUGAGCAUCUGAUUGUUAAUGUGAAAGAUGCUGAAAAAUGGGAGUGCUUCAUCGAGAAUGCGUUGAAUCUUGGUUCAGUGUUCUUAGGGCCAUGGACGCCGAAAGUGUGGAGAUUAUGCAAGCGGGACAACCACGUACUUCCAACAUACGGAUAUGCACGGAUGUAUAGUGGGUUUCUCUUGAUUCCUUCCUCAGUACAUGACAGUGCAAUCCUUGACAGAGGAAGGUCUGGAAAAGCUUGGUCCAUACGUAGCAACCAUGGCGGAAGUGGAAGGUCUGGAAGCCACAAGAGAGCUGUAACUCUGAGACUAGAGGACAUCAAAGCCAGGCAAGUUGUCAAUAUCAGAUAA